UGUCAGACUUUGGUUGACAAUAUGCAAGAAGGAAUGAGCGCCACAUUAUCAUCAAGUAAUAGUAGUAGUAACAUCAGUAACGCUUGUGACAGUAAGUUUUCGUAUUUGUCGAAUGUGGAAAGCAAUAUAGCAGUUCUGUCCGGUUUAUUCCCGUUCUCAUCUCAAGUUACGUCAUCAUCAUUUAGCAGUGUCAUGACUGAUCGUUCCAAGAUUUGCCGAUAUUGCUUAUCAGAUGAUGAUGUAAGCGAAUGGUUGGCACCAUGUAAAUGUAUUGGAACAAUGAAAUGGGUCCAUUUGAGCUGUUUCGAGCAGUGGCUUUCCUUUGCUCCGUACACUAUGAAAUAUAGUUGUGCUAUAUGCCAUUAUGUGUAUCGGCGUCAGUGGAGAUUAAAGCCUUACAAACACUGGCAUUGGCCGCAGCUUCGUCUGCGUAUAACCGAUUUGUUCGGAAUAUACUUCGAUAUAAUUCUGACUUAUCGCAUAUGUCGCUACUUCCCACGUUGUUUGGAUGAUAGAGUUACAUUCUUUCUCUAUACUAGUUAUGUUUUGCUUUGGAAAUUAGUCGUUCUCAGUAGGAUGAGACUUAAUUUUUAUUCAAAUAUUGUAUAUGACAUUGUUACAUCGAUAUGCUCUUCAACGGUGUUAGAUGCAUUGUAAUCUUUUUUAUUUUGUAGAUACAUCAAAUUGUAUUUCCGGUAAUAUUAAGAGG